AUGCUCCUCACUCACAACAACCUCACCACUUGGCCGCUGCAAGCGCAUCUGCUUAGAGUUUUCGCGCUCUUCGUUGCGCUUCUCUCCGUGGCCUCCAAGACCUUGGCUGUAGUUUUGACCGACGACCCGCCACUACUGGCAAGGACCGCUGAUGUUCAAUUCGACAACUUUAGUCUCAUUCUCAACGGUCAACGCGUCUUUCUACACUCUGGAGAGUUCCAUACCUUCAGACUCCCAGUUCCCUCUCUAUGGUCAGACAUUUUGGAGAAAGUCAAAGCUGCGGGACUUAAUGCGGUUUCUGUCUAUACCCAUAUGGGUCUUAUUAACCCUUCUCGAGGAGUUGUAGACUUUGAGAGCUUUCGAGCACUCCAGCCGCUUUUCGAUGCUGCCAAAGCAGCGGGAAUCUGGAUUGUAUUGCGUCCUGGUCCAUAUAUCAACGCGGAAACUACCGCGGGAGGAAUAGCGCAUUGGGCAACCACGGAGAUUGCUGGUACCCUCCGAACAAAUGCCACAGACUGGCGAGCCGCUUGGAAGGACUAUAUCCAAGGCAUCAUCUCUCAAACUGCACCGAAUCAAAUAAAUCAGGGUGGCCCUGUAAUCGCGGUCCAAGUCGACAACGAGUACUCUCAGAGUCCCGCAACGCAUGCGGUCUACUUUCAGCAACUCGAAGACGUGUAUCGAAACUCUACUAUCGUUGUCCCUCUCACAUAUAACGAUCCAGGCGAAGGGAAAAAUUUCAUCAAUGGCACUGGCGCUGUGGAUCUCUAUGGACUUGAUUCGUACCCACAGGGCUUCGACUGCUCCCAUCCAGAGACCUGGAAUCCUGUGACAACAAAUUAUCACACUUACCACCAACAAGUCAAUCCAUCACAGGCGUGGUAUUUCCCGGAGUUCCAAGGCGGUAGUUUCGAUGCAUGGGGACCUGGAGCACCUGGCUAUGCGCCAUGUGCGCAACUCACAGGUCCUAAUUUCCAAUCCGUUUUCAAUAGGCAGCUGUGGGCCAGUAAUGCAAAACUCAUAUCUUAUUAUAUGAUCUAUGGCGGAACCUCUUGGGGUGCAAUACCUUUCCACGGAGUAUACUCUAGCUACGACUAUGGCGCAUCUAUAAGCGAAUCUCGGGCACUUACCACCAAAUUCAACGAGUUGAAGCUACAAGGCAUCUUUCUCAGAAGCUCGCCUGAGUUUUAUAAAACGAACUUUAUAUCUGACGGCUCUAGCGGAUUCACCACGUCCAAUCCAGCUGCAUUCGGGACUUUCCUCCAGAAUCCCGACACAAAAGCCGCAUUCUACGUUCUUCGACAGGCCAACUCGACCUCGACAGCAAUCACAACGUUCAAGCUUAACAUCACUUCCCCCAUAUCAAACACUAUUCAAGUACCGAUUGUUGUCCCAGCAGUGACACUUGGUGGUCGGGAAUCCAAGCUCGUCAUUAGUGGAUAUUCAUUCGGCGCAUCGAAAAUCGAUUACACAACUGCCCAGAUAUUCUUUGCGGGUACGAUCGGAACUCGCGAUGUCCUUUUCUUAUAUGGAAACACGACUCAAGCACACGAAAUCCGUCUUGUGUUGACCGGAACAGCCAGCACUGUCCAUCGGACGAAUUCCUCGUUGAUCACAUCGACUCCGAGUGCUGGCGGAACAACUAUAUUGGCAUUCCAGCCCGGGUUGACGGGUCUCAACACUAUCCAUGACUCAACUACCCAACUCAUCCUCUAUUCCGAUUACCAGACUGCAGCUACAUUUUGGGCCCCCGUUAUACCUGCUACUGGUUCUUCCACAUUCCCCAACUACUGGUCUAUUGGAAGUAACAACACAGUCUUGGUUGGUGGUCCAUAUCUUGUUCGCAAUGCCACAAUUUCCGGGGCAACUCUGGCUCUGAAAGGAGAUCUCAACGUUACAACUCCCUUCGCUCUUGUCGUUCCAUUGUCGGUCAAGUCAGUUACUUGGAAUGGUGCAAGUGUCCAAUUAACCCCGGGUAUUACUUCGACUGGCGGCUUCAGUGGCACACUUGCACCACGUUCUGUGGUUAAGAGCGUCACCAUUCCCAAGUUGACAGCAUGGAAGUUUCAAGACUCAUUACCAGAGAUUUCUGCUGGAUUCGAUGAUUCUAGCUGGACAGUAGCAAACCACACGGUAACGAACAUACCCCUCAAGCCGUACUAUGGCGAUGGUCGCAUCUUAUACGGGUGUGAUUAUGGUUUUUGCGAAAAUACUGUCCUAUGGCGUGGACACUUCACUGGCGCUGGCCAAACCAGUGUCAACCUCUCAAUAAACGGUGGCGAAGCUUUCGCCGCGAGUGUAUGGUUGAAUGACGUUUUCCUGAAUACUUCGUUUGGAAACUCUACCAACAACGCCCACAUUCUUGAGGAGACCGAUGACAAGUUUUCAUUCCCAGCUGGAGCGUUGCGAUCGGGCGAAAAUGUGAUUACCAUUGUCCAGGACAAUAUGGGUCUUAAUGAGACGAAUGGAGCGAAUCCAGAUAGCUCCAAGAGCCCUCGAGGAGUGCGGGGCUUUAAGCUCGACACAGGCUCAUUCGGAACGUGGAAAGUUCAAGGGAAGGUUGGGGGAUAUAAAGGCUUCCUCGAUAAAACCAGAGGCGUUUUAAACGAAGGUGGCCUUUUUGGAGAGAGGGAGGGCUGGCAUCUCCCUGGUUUCGACACAUCCUCUUGGAUUACGCGCGAUCUGACCACCGGCCUGCCAAGCGGAUCUGCAGGUGUAGGUUUUUUCGUGACAACCUUCCCCUUGAACAUCCCGAGCGGGGUUGAUGCUUUUAUUUCGUUCACCUUCACGGAGCCUCUUGGUCAGAAUUAUCGGGCUCUGUUGUGGGUAAAUGGCUGGCAUAUGGGUAAACGGGUGGGAAAUCUUGGUCCCCAGUUCAAGUUUCCAGUUCACCAGGGCAUCCUUGACUACCACGGCACAAAUACCGUUGCUGUGGCCCUGUGGGCGAUGGGACGAAGUCCGGUCACACCAAAAUUGGAGCUUGUUCUGGACGGGAUUCUGGAUGGAGGAGUGGCGGGAGUAGUUACAAACAAUCCCGGCAGAGGAUAG